AUGUCUGGCAGCGGGGCGAGAGAAUCGGUCUUCCCGACCCGACAAUCGCUGGGCCUGAUGAAGAGCAAGCUUAAGGGCGCUCAGACCGGUCAUGACCUGCUCAAGAGAAAGAGUGAAGCUCUGACAAAGCGUUUUCGUGAAAUCACCCGCCGUAUCGACGAAGCGAAGCGUAAGAUGGGCCGCGUCAUGCAAAUCGCAGCAUUUUCCCUCGCCGAAGUUACGUACGCCGUGGGAAACUCUUCCCUAGGCUAUCAGAUUCAAGAGUCUGCAAAACAAGCACGUUUCCGAGUACGGACAAAGCAAGAGAAUGUCUCUGGUGUAUUCCUGCCGCAGUUCGAAGUGUUCACAGAGGAGGGUAACAACGACUUCGGUCUGACCGGACUCGGCAAGGGUGGUCAACAGGUACAGCGAUGUAGGGAGACGUAUGCAAGGGCUGUCGAGACAUUAGUAGAGCUCGCUAGUUUGCAAACAGCGUUUGUUAUUCUUGACGAGGUCAUUAAGGUUGUCAACCGAAGAGUCAACGCUAUUGAGCACGUCAUUAUUCCUCGCACAGAGAACACGAUUAAGUACAUUAACUCUGAGCUGGACGAGCUGGAUAGAGAAGAGUUCUACAGGCUGAAAAAGGUAUCUGGCAAUAAAAAGCGUAAUGCUGCAGCAGAAGAGCUUGAGCGAGCGGGCAAGAAGAAAGCGGACGAUGAAGAAGAGGAAGAGGAGGAUGAAAAAGAAGAGGAGGAAGAUGUCCCAGAAACGAAAGACAUGCUAGGCGACGAAGACGAUCAGGAUGUGAUUUUCUGAUCUGAGGUAUGAAAAGCGAUAUACCUUAACUAUUGAGUAUUGGGCACGCAGCUUCCCACAUACAUGUAUAAUACAACGAUGCAAUGAUACCUUUACCAGCGCCGUGCAUGAU